AUGAUGUUCUGGUCUUCAAAGACAGGUAUCACGUCCAAGUAUUCAUUCUCAUCAUCACCAACAUUUACUGCCGAACCAUGGAGCAUUUACACAGGUCGCCCAAAAUCAUCAUCUUCAUCUUCACCUUCUAAAGUAUCGAUAUUCAUGUUUGAUAAGAAGCAGUUCGAGAAUUACUUGUUGCAUUAUGGCAUUAUUAAAUCUAAAUCAGGAUCUAGAGAUAAAGUGCUAAUACAAGAAGCUUACGAAAUAUUAAGAAAUCAGGCUAAUAACUUGGCUAAGCUCAAACAUCCGAAUAUCCUGACCAUAGUUGAACCACUGGAAGAGCAUAGUAAAAAUUUUAUGUUCGUCACUGAGUUCGUCACAGGUUCACUGGACACUGUAUUCAGAGAAAGUGAUGAUGAAGAGCAGAAUUUCUUGCAAGGUCAUGUUAAGGAUAAUAUUGUGGUCCAACGAGGUAUACUACAGCUAGUAAAUGCCCUUGAUUUUAUUCACAAUCGUGCAAGUUCUGUGCAUUUGAACAUUCAACCUAGGGCAAUAUUCAUAAAUGAAAAUUCUGACUGGAAAAUUUCUGGCUUGGGUUAUUUAGUGAAAAUACCACCAGGAACAAAUACCUCCGAAUAUUUUCUACCCCAGUACGACCCUAGAGUUCCUUCAUUUAUGCAUUUGCAGAUGAAUUAUACGGCCCCAGAAAUUGUAUUUGAAAACACCUUAACAUAUAAGAAUGAUUAUUUUUCAUUAGCGUCAUUGAUUUAUUUCCUCUACAGUGGCAGAGAUUUAUUUCACGGAGAAAAUUCUAGCACUGAAUAUAAAUCGGAGUAUAGUAAGUUUGAGAGUAAAAUUAGUACAAUGUCAUGGGAUAAUAUAUUCAAUAAGGUUCCACCAAAGCUAAGAUAUUGUAUGCCCAAACUGAUGAACAGAGACAUAUAUUCCAGGUAUGAUAAUAUUACACUAAUUUUAGACUCUGAAUUUUUCCAAGAUCCAUUAAUCAAGACUCUAAAUUUCCUAGACGAUUUACCCAGGAAGAAUAAUGAAGAAAAAUAUGUAUUUCUGGAAGGUCUCGUAAAGUUGUUACCAGAAUUCCCACCGGCAUUAUUACAAAAGAAAUUUUUACCAAUUCUGUUGGAAUUGUUAAGUCAGUUUUGUGCUGAAAAAAUGGUAAAUGAAAAAUGCGUUGAUAAAAACUUGGAAUUAAUAAUCAAAAUAGGGUCGACCUUGUCCCAACUCUCCUUCCAAGAGAAGAUUUAUCCGGUUUUAUUAAGCGAUACGAAUUUUCCGAUCCUAUUGAAGGAUGCCACCGUUUGCUUAAUCGAUAACUUAGAUACAUUAAAGCAAAAAGUCAAACGUUCCGAUUUUUUGGAAACUUUACUAAAGCCAUUAUUUAACUAUGUUUUGCGUGACUCAGAAAGUGACAUUAACGUAGUGUCUCAAGAGAAGCUUCUAUCACAAAUUCCAUUAGCUUUAGAGGUACUUGAUUUUCCUACAGUGAAACAAUUUUUGUUACCAUUAUUAUCUAACCUAUUUACCAAGACAACAAGUUUAAUGGUGAAAAACACAUGCGUGACAUGUUUUCAAAUCAUGAUAGAGCACAAGUCCAUUGAUUCUUAUACUUGCUCAGAGACUAUUUUACCUUUGUUUAAAUCGAUGAAGACAAGAGAUCCAAGAAUUUUAUCUAAAUUAUUAAAGCUUUUCGAAACCGUUCCUCUGAUCAUUACCGAGGAAAUCACACUUGUUGACCAGGUAUUGCCUCUGAUGUGGAAUUAUUCUAUGGCUUCAACGCUAACAAAGUCCCAAUAUUCAGGAUACACAAAGGCCAUUAACAAAAUGUCAUCAGAUAUUCAGAGGCAUCACAUUGCCAAAUUAAGUGACAAAACUAAUGAUAAUGAGGAAGAUGCCUUUCACAAAGUCAUUGAACCAGCAAUCGUUAAGAAGGAAGAUCCUGAGACAAUCGCGGCCAACAAUAUUGAAGUAGCAGCGAUGAAACCAGUUAAAAAGAUAAGUGUGCCCUCUUAUAAAAAAACACCAUUACAAUCCAAGAGUACUUCGAGCCCCAAACCUUUAAAUCCUAAGAGUGCCUUAGCAACUAGAGGCUUUACGACCAGAACGUUAAACCAUCCCGAACAAAUUCCAUCAAGCCAGCUCAGUUCCAGAGUCGUAGGUAAUAGUGUUACCAAAAAUAUUUCACAUACUAAGCUGGAGGAUGAGUUCAACGAGUUCCAAUCAUUUUCAAGCACGGGAAGCGUACAUCAUAGCUUCGAAUCGGCCGAUGUCUGGAUGAAGAGUACUCCCAGUCCUACCCCAACAUCUAUAAACAAUAAUAACCUGCCACCCGGGUUUUCAAUUUCGUUGCAACCAAACAAAAAAAAGGAAGGUUCUACUGAAACUGUCCCAAAUAAUACAUAUGGAUCUUUAAUAUAG